CAGACAUAGAUCAAUCUUCCACCUCACCUCUUUCAUAAGUUACUAUUUUAUUAUCCUUUAAAACCAAAGGGGAAGCUUUCAUUUGCCUUAAUUAAGCUAGCUAGCAGCUUCCUCGUCGACUUCCUAGCUCUCUUAAAACCCAAUCCUUUUCUAUCAUAUCAUAUAUAUAUAUAAAAGAAUAAUGGAAAAAGGGCUUGAUUCUUCAUCAGUCUCUCUUCCCCAGCUGCGGCUUCCAUCUCAGGUGGUUGAUCUGACCGCAAAGCCGUCGCGAUUCAAGCGUAUCUGUGUUUUCUGCGGCAGCAGCGCCGGCAAGAACCCCAGUUACCAUCUCGCCGCUCUUCAGCUCGCCAACCAGCUGGUCGAGAGGAACAUAGACUUGGUCUACGGAGGUGGGAGCAUCGGCUUAAUGGGUCUGGUCUCCCAAGCUGUUUAUAAUGGGGGCCGCCACGUCUUAGGGGUGAUUCCUAAAACUCUGAUGCCAAGAGAGCUCACGGGAGAGACUGUUGGGGAAGUGAGAGCGGUUUCCGGUAUGCAUCAACGGAAAGCCGAAAUGGCUAAGCAAGCUGACGCUUUUAUUGCCUUGCCCGGGGGUACGGUACGUUGGAGGAGCUUCUAGAAGUCAUCACUUGGGCUCAGCUUGGUAUUCACGACAAACCGGUAGGUCUGCUGAACGUAGAUGGGUACUAUAAUUCACUUCUGUCUUUCAUAGACAAAGCUGUCGACGAAGGAUUCAUCGCCCCUUGUGCCCGUCACAUUAUUGUGUCUGCCCAAACUGCCCAAGAACUCUUGUCCAAACUUGAGGAUUAUGUUCCAAAGCACAAUGAGGCAGCACCAAAGUUAAAAUGGGAGUUGGAGCAACAAUUGGGUUUCGCAACGGCCAAAUCCGAAAUCGCUCGUUGAUCGAGAGACCUCAUAUAUCAAUUAUUAUAAUUAUUGAUUACUACUUUUAUUAUUAUUAUUACUAUUAUUAUAUUAUUAUUAUUAAUUACGGAAUGAUCUAGCUAAUUAAUUAAUAUUUUACAUACAUAUUGUACAGUUAGGGGUGUAAUCGCGCAUUUGAGUAUGUAUGUAUAUAUGUAGUAGGGUACUAGCUAGCUAGCUUUAAGCUUAACAAACAUUUUCGAUUAUUCGACAUUUAUUCAUCUUGUAGCUAUAUAUUUUCACACACGAGUUUAUAUAUUGGCUUGAUUCACUAA